CCAAGGUGCUCCUCUCCGUAUCCUGGCGGACACCGCCAGGCCGUCCCGACCGACUUCCGUCGGCCCCCACCCGUCAACCCCUGAGCGUCUAGGCUAGCUUUCCCCACCUCCCACCGGCGCUCGACCCAGGGACGCUCUUUCGGGGAGCGGCGGCCCAGCAGGCAGAGCGGCGUGGGUGUCCACAGCUAGACGGAAUCGGGGCCCAGGGAGGCGGCGGCACUAACGGCGCGGAGUGGACCCGGGCACGGCGGAGAGCUCACUCCUUCGGGGGGUCCCGCCGCCUCACGGCGAGGGAGGCGUCUCUAGCGCGGCGCGGUCUCACCCGCUCCUGGGUUGGGAGAGCGCAAAUCUCCUCCCCCGAAAUUGCCCGGAAGCGCGGCGCGGCCGAGGCGAGCGCGGCGAUGUGAGGGAGGCGGCGGCGGCUCCCGCCUCAGGAAGGGCAUGUUCGGAGGGGCGGCCGCGAAGUGCCUCCCGCCCCAGCGCCCCCUCGCCACUGUCGCCACCACCGCCGCGCCCGCACCGCGAUAAAAGGGGUGACCGCACUUCCUGACGCGAGACCCGCGCUCGCCGCCGCCCGCCCAGGCGGCGAUGACACGGCGCCCGCGGCGGCCCCGAGGCGCCGGGCGGGCCGUUUGCUGACCGGAUCGCGGCUGCCAGCCAGCGUGUCCGCGGCGCCGCUGCCAGCAUGGGCUGCGCCCCGAGCAUUCACAUUUCCGAGAGCCGGUCUGUGAACCACGGCGGCAAGGAGGCCGAGGACGCGCCGGGCCCCGCGGCGCCGCCGCUGUUGUCCGGCGGGCCGCGCCUCUCACGGGGUCUGAAGACGGCCGCCUCGCCCCGGUCCCGCGGCGCCAGCCAUGCGGAGUCCGAGCCUUGCAGCGGCAGCAAGGUAGCAGUAGCUGAUGUGCAAUUCGGCCCCAUGAGAUUUCAUCAAGAUCAACUUCAGGUACUUUUAGUGUUUACCAAAGAAGAUAACCAGUGUAAUGGAUUCUGCAGGGCAUGUGAAAAAGCAGGGUUUAAGUGUACAGUGACCAAGGAGGCUCAAGCUGUCCUUGCCUGUUUUCUGGACAAACAUCAUGACAUUAUCAUCAUAGACCACCGAAAUCCCCGACAGCUGGAUGCAGAGGCACUGUGCAGGUCUAUCAGAUCAUCAAAACUCUCAGAAAACACUGUUAUUGUUGGUGUAGUACGCAGGGUGGAUAGAGAAGAGUUGUCUGUAAUGCCCUUCAUUGCUGCUGGCUUUACAAGGAGGUAUAUAGAAAAUCCCAACAUCAUGGCCUGUUACAAUGAACUGCUCCAGCUGGAGUUUGGAGAGGUGCGAUCACAACUGAAACUCAGGGCUUGUAACUCAAUAUUCACUGCAUUAGAGAAAAGUCAAGAAGCAAUUGAAAUUACAAGUGAAGACCACAUUAUACAGUAUGCAAAUCCUGCAUUUGAAACAACAAUGGGCUAUCAGUCAGGUGAAUUAGUAGGGAGAAAGUUAUCAGAAGUGUCUAUAAAUGAAAAAAAGGCUGAGUUGCUGGAUACUAUAAAUUCAUGCAUCAAGAUAGGCAAGGAGUGGCAAGGAAUUUACCAUGCCAAAAAGAAAAACGGAGAUAGUGUGCAACAAAAUGUGAAGAUAAUACCUGUCAUUGGACAGGGAGGAAAAAUUAGACACUAUGUGUCCAUUAUCAGAGUGUGCAAUGGCGGCAACAAGGCCGAGAAAAUACCUGAAUAUGUUCAGUCUGACACUUGUACAGAUAAUCAGACAGGCAAACAUAAAGACAGGAGGAAAGGCUCACUAGACGUCAGAACUGUUGCCUCUCGAGCAAGUGAAGUUUCCAGCCAGAGACGACACUCCUCCAUGGCCCGGAUACAUUCCAUGACCAUCGAGGCACCCAUCACCAAGGUAAUCAAUAUCAUCAAUGCCGCCCAGGAAAGCAGCCCUAUGCCUGUGACAGAAGCCUUAGGCCGUGUGCUGGAUAUUCUAAGGACCACUGAGUUAUAUUCACCACAGUUCGGUGCUAAGGAUGAUGAUCCUCAUGCCAAUGACCUCGUUGAGGGCUUAAUGUCUGAUGGUUUGCGGAGACUAUCAGGGAAUGAAUAUGUUCUUUCAGCAAAAAACCUUCCGCAGGUUUCAAGCAGUAUAAUCACUCCCAUGUCUCUUCAUGAUGUCCCACCGCGGAUAGCUCAAGCCAUGGAAAAUGAGGAAUAUUGGGACUUUGAUAUUUUUGAACUGGAGGCUGCCACCCAUAAUAGGCCUUUGAUUUAUCUUGGUCUCAAAAUGUUUGCUCGCUUUGGAAUCUGUGAAUUCUUAAACUGCUCCGAGUCAACACUGAGAUCGUGGUUACAAAUUAUUGAAGCCAAUUAUCAUUCUUCUAACCCCUACCACAAUUCUACACAUUCUGCUGAUGUGCUUCAUGCCACUGCCUAUUUUCUCUCCAAGGAGAGGAUAAAGCAAACUUUAGAUCCAAUUGAUGAAGUCGCUGCCCUCAUUGCAGCCACCAUUCAUGAUGUGGAUCACCCUGGGAGAACCAACUCCUUCCUGUGUAAUGCUGGAAGUGAGCUGGCCAUUUUGUACAAUGACAUUGCUGUGUUGGAGAGCCACCAUGCAGCCUUGGCCUUCCAGCUGACCACUAGAGAUGAUAAAUGCAAUAUCUUUAAGAACAUGAAGAGGAAUGACUAUCGGACACUACGCCAGGGGAUUAUCGACAUGGUCCUAGCCACAGAAAUGACAAAGCACUUCGAGCAUGUCAACAAAUUUGUCAACAGCAUCAACAAGCCCUUGGCAGCUCUAGAAGAAGAUGGGGAAACUGGUAAAGAUCAGGAAGCUAUAAACACUAUGCUCAGAACUCCAGAGAACAGGACUCUAAUUAAACGAAUGCUAAUUAAGUGUGCUGAUGUGUCCAAUCCCUGCCGACCGCUGGAGUACUGCAUUGAGUGGGCCGCACGCAUUUCAGAAGAAUAUUUUUCUCAGACUGAUGAAGAGAAGCAGCAGGAUUUACCUGUGGUGAUGCCAGUUUUUGACAGAAAUACCUGCAGCAUCCCCAGAUCCCAAAUCUCUUUCAUUGACUACUUCAUCACAGACAUGUUUGAUGCUUGGGAUGUCUUUGUAGACCUGCCUGAUUUAAUGCAGCAUCUUGACAACAACUUUAAAUACUGGAAAGGACUGGACGAUAUGAAGCUGCGGAGCCUCCGACCACCUCCUGAAGAGGGCAAGACACUGCCUGGACCUUGAGGCUUUCUACCUCUGGUCAUUUGGAAUUCCUGAGCGCAGCCAGAGUUCCUUAGGCAGAACCGUUCCCUGGUCUGUAGAGCCUGUGAAAGCACACGGGGACAUCUGUAACCUUCUGAAGCCAUCAUCUGAUGCCAUUGCUAUAAAGUGAGACUUAGCCACUGUAGCUUGGGCCUGCUGCAGGGGCUCUUCGGAAAGGCACAUGAGAACUAUGGUUGGCACCAGCUUUCUGUUAAAAUGCAAGGUCUGGAGUGCCCCUGUGGAGGGUGUUGGUGGAUUUCCCGCCAGUGAUAGAGAAUGUCUUAUUGCAAACAAUUUCUUUCAAUUAUUUUCAGCACUUAAGAACAGCUAAUGGCAAUCAGAUCUUUAGCAUCUUUUUCACAUCAUCACAGAAGGUGCAAUCACUCACUUUGGAACACUACUGAAAGUGACUUCUCUUUUAAAAUUGAGUAGCAAAUGAAAAAUAAAAAUUUGAAGUUGAUUAUUAUCAAUUAUUAAAAUGUCUUAUUUAUUUUAUUAAAAGUUCAAUAUUUUCUAUGAAUUUAAAAAUACUUCAAAGCCAAAGCCAACUUCAAAUGCCAUGACCAAAUUUUACAUGAUUCAUAUUCAUUAAAUAUACAUUACUUGGUGUACAGACUUAUCUUCAUAAUACAAAUUAAAAAUAUUAUAAAAUGACAUUUUUUACUACACUAUAGAAAUAUUUGUGUAUGUUAUACUCUUUUCUGAUUGAUGCUAAUUGGAAAAAGCUGUUUUAUUGAUAGGUCUUAUUCUAGCCUUCAGAGGAGGCUGCUUCUACUGUAUAGAACCCAGGGCUCUGAGACAGCUCUAGUGAUCUGAUGAGCUUUGCAGGUGACUCCCCAAGGUAAAAUAAUACUCUUCUUGGUUUGCAAAGAAAAAUUAGGACCUAACACUUUUUCCUAAAAUGUUAUAAUUGAAUUUCCAAAAGCUUGCCUUAUUUUCUACUGUUUCUAUAAAAUACUCCCUAUGAAAACGAAGAGCAAAAACGGAAUAUUUAAUGAACUGACAUUUUAUAACCAACCUGUUUUCAUCUGCAGUAGGAAACUUUGAUUCCAGAAGUUUAUAAAAGUUCUGUAUCUUCACAUUUUGAAUAAGCAUAAUACCAUAAAAACAAAGACACUUGGUAACAUGUCAAAGUGUUU